UUUUUUAAAAGGAAGGCGAGGAUCAAUUUUGGAGCCAUAUCAUGUACAGCAAUCAGGAUGCAGCUUCGUCGCCCGGAAAAACAGACUCCGCGUCGGGCGGACGUCGACGAGAGAACAAGGGAAAGGGUCGGAAAGGUAAGAUCAAUACCAGUGCAGCAGUAUGUUGUGAAUGUUCGACUUUGAGCAGGGCAUUGAAGAAAGUCACAGCUGCUCGAAGAAUCUCUUUCUUUGGCACAAAACGUAAAACUUUUGCAACAUCAUGUGUAAAACUUACUUUCAACUACAUUCGCAGGUAAAGGCAAAGAAGGUGGUCAACAGCAGGGAGCCCCUGCUUCUACCACCGGUGCUGCAGCUGCAUCCACUAGCUCUUCACAAUCUUCUGCUGCGCCGAAGGAUCAGCAAAGCAAGAAGAACAGCCAAAGCGAGGACCAUUCCUCGACCAAGGCCUGGGAGAACAACACUAGCAAUGUGAUUUACCGCAAGAAGCAAGUUCCGACGAGCGGCGGAGCCACAACUAGUGCAGCCAGCACUGGAACAAGCAACAAAGAGUCUACUUCAGCUGCGACGGCGAACUCCGCAUCGCACAAGAAGAAAGACGAGCACGUCGGCAGUGGUACAAAUAGUAGCUCGUCGAGCGCCAAUGCUAGUAGCCAUUCGUCCUCCUACCAGGAGGCGGCCACGAAGGCAGAUCGCAGCAAUAACGCUGCGGCUUCGACACCGCAAACGAGCAGCAGCUCGUCUAGUUCGUCCUCCAGUGCGG